AGAAAAAAAAAACACACACACAUACUGACACACACAAUGUCAUUAAUCUUAACAUCAUCAAACACUAAUCUCAUUAUCCAAACAUCAUUAUCACUAAUCCUAACACUAAUCUUCACAUUCAUCAAGAUCUCAUCUUUCUUUCUUCAUGGUCUUCACACAUACAUCCACCCUGAUGACGUCACUCCCCCAAACCCAAAUUCAAAUGGUAUCAAAGCUGCAAUAAGAAGACCCGGUGACCCACCCGAAUUAAGACCCAGAAAGAAAAACCAUAACAAAUUUGAAUUUGAUGAAAAUAAAGCUCAGAUCUUUAGGCUUAAACUGACCCAUAAUCAAUUACAAUCAAGGCUUUAUUUUGAUCAGUUUAAUGGGCUUUUUAAUUUCAUUAUUGUUGCUUGUUUUUCAUUGUUGAUACAUAUAUAUUUGCCUGUUGUAUCUAUAGGUGGGUCUAAAUCAUCAUCUGGGGUUCUGUUAAAUGGGACUUUGAUUCCAAUUUUGUUAGGAUUUUUUGGAAUUUGUAGGAUUGCUUUUGUAAGUGUUAAAGUUUCUUUAGAAAGAUCUGCUUCUAAGAAUCUUGAUAAGAAUUUGAGUGUUUUAGUUGGAUUUUUAGGGACCCUUUUUGGGUUUUUGAUUGUUUCUGAAGUUAUUCCGAAUUGGGUAUUUGAUUUUGGGAUAAAGUUUGAAUCUUUAGAUGGUUUUGCUAAGUUUUGUGUUUCGGUGUUGAUGGGGUUUUUAGCUGGGAUUUUGUAUGUUCCUGCCACGAAAAGUGCUCGUUCUUAUUGGCUUGGAACAGAUCAGAUUCGUUGUAAUUUGUCGAUGAUUUAUUGUGGAUGGUUUGGGAGAAUGUUGCUUUAUGUUAGCUACUUAUUGACUGUGUUUUCUUCACUGCUUUGGAUUGGUCCUUUUGCUGAUCUUUUGGUUAACAAGAACAUUAAGAUGAAGAACGUUAAGCAUACGAAUAAUUUAGUUGGCAAUGUGGGUAUGUCAAGAUCGGAUUUUGAGAACUUUAGGCUGUGUUGUUUGUUAGCUACUGGAAUUUUGCAAAUGUUAAGUUUGCGGGCAAAUUUGCAAAUGUUUUUAAAUGAAGCAGUUUUGUCAUGGUACCAGAGAUUGCAUGCUAGCAAGGUUCCGGAUUUGGAUUACAGUAGAGCGAAAGUGUUCUUGCAUAAUCAUUACUUAUGCCUUGCUGGGAUACAGUUCUUCUCACCUCCUGCAUUGGUACUACUCUUUCUUGGAUUAUCUAGAAUAAAUGAUAAUGUCCUUGAUCAUUUUCCAGCUUUGUGUAAUCUGGUCCCGUGCUCUGCUUUGGUUAAAGAAAUGGGUGUGUUUAUGGGCUGGUGGGUGGUUUUGGUUUCGGGUGUAUUUGUUUCAGUGAACCUUGCGUUAUAUCGACAGGGGAUUAUGUAUGUUUCUUGAUGGUUUUUUUGUGUCUACGGUUGUUGUAGAUUACACAAAUUAAGUUUUGUUAGAGUCGAUUGUAGAGUUUUGUGUUGGUAACAAAAUUGUGAUGUUUAUUUUUUCUUUUCUGAUCAGUUAUAUACAAGUUCUAUGACACAUUUUUGGCUUCUGCUUCA